AUGCUGAAGCUGAAGCCGAAGCUAAAUGCCUUAAUGAGAUGCAAUUUAGGGGAUGGGAAGUCUGUUAGCUUCUGGUUUGACUGGUGGACUGAUCUUGGUCCCCUAAUCUCUGUGUGUGGCAGGAGAGGUACUAGGGACCUUCGUAUUCCCAUUGACGCUACUGCACCUAAUGGACACUGGUCUCUUCCACCGGCGAGAUCCGACGAAGCUGAAACCUUGCAGGUGGUUCUCUCAACGAUGCAGCCACCAUCAUCUUUGCGCGGAAAGGAUUGUUUCCUUUGGCGGAGUGGUGCUCACUCUUUUCUGCCCAAGUUCUCUUCUAAAGCUACUUGGAACUUUGUAAGACAACCCUCCCCUCUGGUAUCGUGGUAUAAACUUAUCUGGUUCAAAGAAGAGAUUCCCCGCUGUUCUUUUGUCUCUUGGAUGUCAGUUUUAUCAAGGCUGCCUACUAGAGAUAGGCUCAUCUCUUGGGGAAUGCAGGUUCCUCCGGUGUGUCCCCUAUGUUCUCUGGACCAUGAAUCGCACGCUCAUAUGUUCUUCUCCUGCUGCUUCUCAACUGCAGUUUGGUCUCACUUCACGGGCUGGUUGCUCCCUACCACUCCGGAUUCACUCGCCUCUUUGGAAACCACCAUUGCUCUGCCACAUAUUGCUUCCUGCUCGGGUGCUGUGUCUGUUAUUAAACUUUUGAUGCAGGUCAUCGUCUACAGCCUGUGGAGAGAGAGGAACGUCCGUAUCUUUAAGAAUGUUUCCUCUACCGCAGCGGCGAUCGCCAAGUAUGUUGAUCGUUCUAUGAGGGAUCGUCUCUUGUCCUUAGCCCCUCCAGCUGAUGGCCACGACACGCUCCUCCUGCUCUACCUUUCAUGA